ACCAAAGAAACAUUUAUUAUUACAAAUUUUAGUAUCCAACAAAGCAUUCAAGCCCUUAAACCCCCCAAAACCUCCUCCGAUCCCAUUCUUUCGUUAACUGAUGGCUGAAACGCCGGCUUCUCCUCCUCUUCACCCUCCCGUUGUUCUUUUGUCCGAUUCCGCCGCCAAGGACGCCAUGCUCACUUGGUUUCGCGGCGAGUUUGCGGCCGCCAACGCCAUCAUCGAUGCUCUCUGCGCUCACCUUAUGCAGGCCUCCGGCGGAUCCGCUCAAUACGAGUCUGUCAUGGCAGCCCUUCAUCGCCGCAGGCUCAACUGGAUCCCUGUCCUCCAGAUGCAGAAGUACCAUUCCAUCUCUCAAGUCACCCUCCAGCUACAACAACAUUUGGCUAAAGGCUUUCAUCAUCAUCUCGACGACGACCACGACGAUGAUUCUCCCUCCAGCGACAUCACUGAUGGAGGAUCCCGGGAAGAAGAAACCCUCUCCAUCUGUUGUAAGCACGAGGACGAAUGUGAAUCACGAGGAGCCUCACUCCUCAAGCAGUCCAAGCGUUUCUCGGCCAAGGAACAUGUUAGAGGACAUACGGCCAAUGUUGUCAAAGGCCUUAAACUCUACCAAGAUGUCUUCACUCGACCUCAACUCUCCAAGCUUCUGGAUUCUAUUAAUCAGCUCCGAGAGGCUGGUCGGAAUCACCAACUUUCAGGGGAGACCUUCGUUCUGUUCAACAAGAACACCAAGGGAACCAAAAGAGAGCUUCUUCAGCUUGGAGUUCCUAUUUUCGGCAACACCACGGAUGAACACUCUGUGGAACCUAUCCCAACCCUUGUCCAAAGUGUUAUCGACCAUCUUCUUCAAUGGCGUCUGAUUCCUGAAUACAAACGACCAAAUGGCUGUGUGAUCAACUUCUUCGAUGAGGACGAACACUCUCAACCAUUUCAGAAACCUCCUCACGUGGAUCAACCCAUAUCCACUCUUGUCUUGUCUGAAUCAACCAUGGUGUUUGGGCACAGACUCGGGGUCGAUAACGAUGGCAACUUCAGAGGCUCACUCACUCUCCCACUUAAGGAAGGGUCGUUGCUGGUGAUGAGGGGUAACAGUGCAGAUAUGGCUAGGCAUGUAAUGUGUCCCUCGCCCAACAAAAGAGUCGCAAUCACCUUCUUCAAACUCAAACCGGACUCCGGUAAGGUCCAGCCGCCGCCCACCCUAUGGAGACCAGGCACCCCUUCUCCUCUGGUGAUGCUAGCUCCGGCGCCCAAGAGGCUAGACGCUGGCACUGGAGUUUUCUUGCCGUGGACACCGCCAGUGUCAAGAAAACCAGCCAAGCAUCUCCCGCCGCGUGUCCAGAGGCUGCGUCUCUUGUCAUCAUCAAAGUCAGUGGCAGAUAGUGAGUCAUCGUCGCCAGAGAUAGGAGUGAGUUGAGUUGGAAAGUGUCACACACGGAAGCUCUUUCUUUUUCCUUUACUUUUUUUUUUUAAAGCAGAGUCUUUUGGUUGUACACUUGAGAGUUUAGUGGGUUUUUCUUGUUUCUUCCUAACAUUUUGCUUUCCUUUUAUUUGGUCAAUUUUAUAGAACGAAGAUUAGGGUAUUAUGCUACAUCAUCUACUGUUGUUACAUGAUUCAC